AUGUUGGAUUACGGUGACGGUCUGGUCAACUUAUGUGAACAGACGGGCCUCAGCACAGCUUCCACGUUUAGGAGGAAUCAUCGACUCCGUCAGCUCACGUUUCAAGGGCCAAACCUUUUAAUGCCUGAAGAGUACAGCAGGCGGAAAAUGAGAACUCUCAUACUUAAUCCCGACUACAUUCCGGCGAGGAACAUUCCUCAGUCAGAUGUCCGAAAAUCUAGAGCUAUUUGGGGCGUCGCAUUCCACUCUGAUCACCGUCCAGUUCUUGUCAGCUUCAAGAUACAGUUCCACAACAGAAACCGAGGAGUUCCUCUUCAACCGAAAAUCGAUUUGGCAGGUCUAAAAGACGAAGACCAAAUUUCGCUUCAUGUUGGAGUACGUACCAGGAGAAAGCUCAGCGAUGCGGAUUUUUUCACAAAAUGCAUCCAGAACGCUGCAAGGGAAACGCUGGCGGUUCUGUUGCUGCGGAAGAAGUUAGCAUUUGCAUCUGCUGAAACAAAAUCCACGUAUAAUUCUGUAUGCGCCGUCCGCAGCACUGGCCAGGGAAAGCGAGUUUGGGAAGGAGUGGAAGGACAUGAGGACACGUGGAAAGCGAGUGCUUUAUUAAAACAGUACAGCGGGAAAAUGAAGAGAUGUUCUCCAGCGCUCAACACCGGCAAUGGAGCGGUUGUCGUUACCUUUCUUGUCUGUGAAGCCGCUUUCGACUCUCCUCAUCGAGGCCGUCUUCGCAACGCGCUCCGCGCCGAUGGAGUAACAGGAAAGCUCGUUUGCUUGCUUGAUGACAUGCAUGAACGAACAACUGCUGCAGUUCGAACACCAUGUACAACACCGUUUGAAGUGGUAACUCGAGUAAGACAAGGGACAGUUGGAGGACUCUUCCUGCUCAGUUUCACCAUCAACAACAUUAUGCGAAGAACAGUAGAUCAGUGUUCUGCCAAAAUCAUCCCAGCAUCAGGACGCCCCUGA